AGCGGACUAACUGAAUAGCUCCUCGGCGGUGAUUGGUGCGCGCACUUACGAGCCAAGUUUUAAUGUAUUUACAGCAUCUACGGUUGUGUCCGCGGCUCGUGGUCUUGCGGUAGCGUUCUCGCUUCCCGUACACGGGGUCCCGGGUUCGAUUCCCGGCGGGGUCAGGGAUUUUCUCUGCCUCGAGAUGAGAAGGGAGGUCGUUCACAUGUAUCAAGAACAGAAGAGGACCCAUGAUUGAAACCUGUGGAACACCUAAUGCAAUUUCACCCCAGUUAGAUGAAGUGGCAAACUUAUUUAAAUCACUUGACCCACAUAAGGAAACUUUUUGCUUCCUGUUCUGUAGGAAAUGUUUUGGGGUUGCUGCUAAUGAAAACACAGCAAGACCGACAGGAGGAGCCCGUGAACAAACAAGACGGAUGAACGGGAAUGGAAGGACAAGCACAAUGACAGACAACCGAGCAAGACACCAAGAUCAACAACAAAGUAUUAAGCAACAGGGUCACAAGAGACAACCUCAUGAAAUCAAAACAAUGCCUGCUUGUAAAACGGGAAGUAAGCACACACAAUGUAAACAAGAUGCCUGUAAGCAAGAUAUCAACUGAAUCAACAUGAGUACCAGACUGCCUCACUGAGUGAGAUGCAGCUGCCUAAAUACAUGGCAGGGUAUGUCACUAUUGGCCGCUGAGACCAUGUGCUCCAUAGUGGCGCCCUCACGUUAGAUUUGGGCCCAGGAGUGCAUGCAGCCACAGCUUAUGGCGCAACUGCUGCAGCGACCUCUAGUGGUCAUAGAGUUCCAUGCCGUCUGGCAGGGAUUAAAAAAUCGUGGUGCUCGGUAUCAGACAUAGUGCACGAGUUUGGUUUUUUUAA